AUGGAAGAAUGGAUCGCAGAGAUUGAAAGCCAACAUUCAAAGGCAGAUAUGAAACAACUAGCAGUUGAGUAUGGAUUGGCAAAGCCUGGACCUUUAAGAAUACUUAAGUGGGACCGGCAUGUCCAAACUCCACAAGAUAUAUAUCAUUUCAUGGCCAGAAAAACUCAUACCCUUUUAGAGGCAACGUUUAAUUCGUUUAAUCUAAACAGUGAAAAUGCUUUUUUAAAACAUUGGAGAGAUAUAGAAAAACCAGCCAAUUGGCUUGCAAUGUUAAUGCCAUUUAUACUUCGACGAUUUUUAAAGCCUCAACAUAUCAAGACAGAAACUUUGAAUAAUUGGCAUACAAGACAAAGUUCAGCUGCGUCUAAAUUAUGUGUUUGUUGGACAAUUGAAGCAAAAGUGCUAAAGCUUGCAUUUUCACUUACAAUGACAGAAAGUCAUUACAAAGAAUUACAAGAAACGCUUGAAAAUGAACGUGAAAUGUUAAUACAGGCAAAUAUUGUAGUAUGUUAUGAUAAAAACUUUAUUGACAUAUCACUUAAUAAUAAAUGGAAUAACAAUAAAGUUAAAAAUGCUGGUCUAUCCAAAAAUUUAGAUGUUAAGCACCCAUUCUUUCGGGAUUUUCAUAGAGCAUAUGCUGAUUAUUUAAAUUCAAAAUUAAAAUUUAAUGUUGGUGAUAUUGUGGAACUAUUAGAAGAGAUUGAGGGUACUGCAUAUGCCAAAAUUAAUUCAAUUUUCUGA